AUGUUCCUACAGGAUGCCCAGGGAAAUUCGCUUCAGUAUGGAAUCACUGCUGCUUGUGGUGCUGGGUUCCUUCUCUUCGGCUAUGACCAGGGUGUCUUUGGUGGCCUCCUGGACAAUGAACCCUUUCUGAGGACCUUCGGCUUCCCGGGGGCUACGAUCCAAGGUCAGAUUGUGGCAACAUACGAUAUCGGCUGCAUUAUCGGAACACUCGUGUCCAUGUAUGCUGGUGACAAAUUGGGUCGCAGAAGAUGUAUUCUGAUCGGCUGCGUGAUCUUGAUUAUUGGUGCAACUCUCCAAACGGCUUCAUAUUCUUUCGCGCAAAUGAUUGUCGGUCGCGUGGUCGCGGGAGUCGGGAACGGAAUGAAUACCAUCGCUAUACCUAUCUGGCAGACAGAAAGUGCGCGGCCAAAAGAUCGGGGUAAACUCAUCGUUUUUCAACUGGUCACAAAUAUUUUUGGCAUUGUGAUCACGAAUUGGAUGAACUACGGCUUUACCUUUAUUCCGCACUCAGCUGUGAGCUGGCGCUUUCCUCUGGCAUUCCAGUGCUUCUUUGCCAUCAUCACCAUUGCGUUGGUUCUUUGCACACCGGAGUCGCCUCGCUGGCUUAUUAUGAAGAAUCGCGUUAGCGAGGCACAAAACAUUCUCGCUAGGCUCUUAUCGAAGCCAGAGAACGAUCCUUUCGUUACUAGCGAGAUUCAAAAUUUAGUUGCCGCUGUUCAUCAUGAGGCCGAAGUGCAGCAGUCGGCGGCCCUGAAAGAAAUUUUCACUCGAGAUAGUAAACAGCAAACACUUCGCCGUAUGCUUCUGGGAGCUGGUACCACUUUCUUCCAACAGGUGGGAGGUACCAACGUUAUUGCAUAUUACCUCCCAGUGGUCCUUACACGAUCAGUUGGUCUGAGUAGUCGCAUGGCUUUGAUCUUGUCCGCUGUGGACUCCAUGUCCCUCAUGUUCUGGGGCUCAAUAGCAGCACUCUUGAUCGACCGUGUCGGGCGAAAGAGACUGAUGCUCAUGGGCGUAGCUGCCAGUAGCGUUUGUUUUGCUCUUGUUGCUGUGGGUUUGCGAUACGGCGGACCAGACAACAAGGGUAUGUCGGUCAUGGCUGUGGUUUUCAUUUUCGUCUAUUACGUCUUCUACGGAAUGUCGCUGCUCUCAAUUCCCUACAUAUACCCCGCCGAGAUCAAUUCUCAGAAAAUGCGCAACAUCGGCACGUCUUUUGCCACAACGGUCAAUUGGCUUUUCGUCUACGUUGUUGUUGUGGCCACCCCUACCGCCAUCCAAAAUAUCAAGUGGCGGUAUUAUAUGCUCUAUGCUAUUUUCAACUUUUGCUUCAUCCCACUCAUUUACUACUUCUAUAUUGAGACUGCGACAUUAUCUCUUGAACAAGUUGAUAGAGUCUUUGAAAUCAAGCACGACGCAGGAAAAGAUAUGAGUUGGGCAGACGCAACACGGAUCGCGCGUACUGAGAGUGAUGAUUUGCAGGUUUAUGUGGAGAAGGAUGACACUGAUACAGAGCACUGCGAAAUUGCUCCCUGA